AUGCAACGACUCAUAGGUAGCUCUGAUUUUGUUCGUGUACGUAUUCAACAAAUGGAACCGGAUUUAAUGGAAAUUGGUGCUAAUUUAAACGAAGCCAUACAAUAUCAAAUAUUACACGAAGAACUGAUUAGUAAAUUGAAGGCAAAACAAGAUCAUAUAACCGAAUUAUUAACGAGAGCCGAUGACUUAGUUACCCAACAAAAAAGUUACAAUGAAGUUUACGAGGCUAUGGCACGAUCACUUGGCGAAGCAUGGAAAGAAUUAAAUCUUCAAUUAGAAUGUCGACGAAAUUUAUUAAAUCAAGCUGUUCAGUUUCAUCAAAUCUCUCGAAAAUUUAAUGAUCGUGUUAAUGAAGCAAAAGAUUGGUUUUCAAGUUUAGAACGAAAUGAUUUAGAUCAUUCAAGUUUAAACGAACUAUUGGAACAACAUGACAGAUACAGAAAGGUUAUAUUGGAAACAUCAAUUAGUACACUUGAUGAAGGACAAUUACUACUUGAACGUAUUCGUGAUAUGGGAAAUUUUACCGAUGCAAGUAAUAAACAUUCAACAGUGGCUGCAUGUUAUGAAGUUGAACAUAUGUUGGGACUUCAUCAAGAUACACGACGAACAUUUGAAGAUGAAUGGGAACAUAAACGAACAUUAUUAGCACAAUAUGCACAAAUGACACAGACAAGACAAGAUAUUCAUCAAAUUUUAAUUUGGUUACAAACACGUGGACAAUCGUAUCUAGAAAAUACGGAUUUGGGUCGUAAUGUUGUUGAUACUGAACGUUUACAAGCAAUUCAUACAGAUAUUGAAAGUGAAGCACAGCCAAUUCAUGAUCGUGUAUUAAAAUGUAUGCGUUCUGUUGAUCAAUGGAUACAUACGGGUCUUGAACGUGCCGAUUAUUUACAUGCUUAUGCUCAUGAAAUGUUAGAAUUAUGGGAAAAAUUUGCAUUAAAACUCGAUUUAAGACGAAAAUUACUUGCAUUAACACGAACAUUUUUCAUGGAUGCAAAUGAAUCUUUUUCUCAAUUAGAUGAUAUUGAACUAAAACUUCGUUCGUUAACAUCGGGUACACCAAAAUCAAGUGAUUUUUUAUUAAAAGAAUAUCAAAUGUUAAAUGAUCAAAUUAUUCGCUCGUCUGCUAUUGCUUUACGUGAAGGACAAAUAGUAUUAGAACGUACACAUAUUGAUGAUUAUGGUUCAACAUUUUUAAGACAACGUGUUCAAGAUUUAGAUUUACGUGUAAGAAAUUUAAAACAAAUAUUAAUGAAUGAAACAGAAAAAUUAGAAAAACAAGGUUCAUCAUUAUAUCAAAAAUUUGAUGAAAAAUAUACUCAAUUAAAUUCAUGGAUAUACAAUGUUGGAGAUAAAUUUUUAAAUACAUAUCGAUCAUUGGGAGCAGAUUUAAGACAAGCAAGAGAUUUUUUAGAUAUACAUCAACAAUUAGAAGAAGAUUUAAAGAGAAAAGAAGAUGAUAUUCAACAGUUAUCUCGAAUUGUUAAUGAACUUCAAUCGAGUAAUGAUCGUCACGCACAGAUAUCAAAAACACGUUAUGAUCAUUUAAUCCAUUCAUGGCAAAAAUUAAGUGAAAAAAUAUCAAAUCGUUUAACAUUAGCUCAAAAUUAUGUUGAUUUUAAACGACAGGGUGAACAAUUAACAAAUAGUUUUCAAAGUAUCGAAGAUAUCAUCAGUUAUCGUGAUAACAUUGAUUUAUUGCCAGAAUCAGCAGUGAAACAUAUUGAAGAGACUUGGUAUUCAACACAAAGAAUGUAUCAAGAGACAAUCAGUUUAUCGAAACGAAUUAGAGGAGCUUUAGAAAACGAAUCAGAAAUCCUCGCUAUUCAACCAAAUGAAUCAUAUCGUUCAAUUAUUGAUCAGUCUGAGCAAGCAACACGAAAAUUUGAACAAAUAUCAAAUAGUUUUGAUGGUUGGUUACACAAAUUAUCACAAUUGAGAGACUUUAAAACACAAUGGCACCAAUUCAUACAGGAUGCACGAAAUACAAUCGAUAAAGUACAUCGAUUUGAAUUAGAUUUUAUUCCCGAAACAUCACGAGGUAUAAUUACAGAUCGUCAUUCAUUGGUUGAAAAAUAUCAACAUUCACUAAGUGAUUUUUCAAUUCGUGUUCAAGAGACAACUCGUGAAGUUGAAGAACGUUUGAAAACAGCUGAACUUUUGGGUAUGAGAGGUGAUACCAAAGGACAAAAGGAACAAAUUGUUAAUGAAUUAGUUAAAGCACAUCAAAAUUAUUUGACACGUGUUAAUCAAUCUCGAACUGUUUUACAUACAAUGGUGAACUUUUAUAAAAAUACGGAAAAAGUUGAUCAGUUCAUUAAUAGUUCGGAGAAACAAUAUACAAUGAUCGAUUUACCAUCAGAUGUUCGUAGUACAGAAGUAAUGAUACGUCAACAUGAAACAGAUCGAGACAAAUUAACACAAUGGUAUGAGCAAUGUCGACAAGAAGCGGAACUUGUCGACGUUAAAGCAAGACAGGGUGGUCUCUCAUCAUUUGUUAAUGAAAUUCGAUCAACACAAAAUGAAACUGAACAAAAAUAUGUUAAUUGGCAAAGACGUUGGGAUGACCGAGGUGUUAAAUUGAAACAACGGGUUGAAUGGUGUCAAUUUUUAGAUGAAAAAUACAAAACUGUUUAUGAAAUUGAUACGCUUCAACAAGAAAUUGAUCAAAAACGACGUGAUAAACCGCAAAGUUUGAAAGAAGCACUUAUCCGAAAUGAAACAUUUCAUGAAACUGAACGACGUUAUGAGGUGUCGGUUCGACGUUUUCGUACAACAGCUGAAUUUAUGUUGCAACAAAAACAUCCUGAAUAUGAAUUGAUACAAUCAGAAGUGAAAGAUGUUGAAAAGAAAUCAUCCGUAUUACAUAUAUCAGUGGCUGAUUAUCGGCAUAUUGUAGAAAAGGCAACAUCCUAUUAUAAAUUAAUUGAUGAGGUUGAACGUUGGCAUCAAGAUUCGAGUCAAUUAUUGGUACGUAUUGGUCAAGAGACACUGAGAUGUCAGACAGAAGUGGAAACUCAGGAAUUAUUAAAUAAAGUUUCAUCAGCGAUUGACAAAGGAAAAGAGUAUGAACGUGAAACAAUGAAAUAUAUUACCGAAUUAGCUAUACAAGUAUUUGGUCCUGAUGAAGGUCAACAUCGUAUUAAACAUGUAUCCUCUCGUAAUAUUGAAUUAAUAAAUGCAUUCAUCAAAAUUCAUCAAGAUAUAUCAACUGUUCAACGAAAUUUUGAGCAUCGAAAAGAAUUGUUUGUUGAGAGCAGUCCUGUUAUAAAACAACGUCGAUUAGAACCACCAUCAUUUGUAAAGCCAUUACGUGAUGCAACCAUCACUGAAGGAACAAGAUUCACCUUUGAAUGCAUAGUUGAUGGAAGUGAACCAAUUAAUAUAACAUGGUUAAAAGAUCAAUUAUUCUUGUCUAAUAUAACUCAUGACAUAAAAUAUGAUCGGGGUCUUGCUACAUUAACAUUUGUUGAUGUUAAACGUGAAGAUUCAUCAUAUUACACAUGUAGAGCAACCAACACAGCUGGAACAACAGAAAGUUCAUCAUAUUUAAUUGUCAAAGAAAAUCCUGAUAAAAAUGUUCGUGGCCCUACAUUUGUUGAACCAUUACGAACGAUCGAUACUUCAUUCGGUCAAUUUGUUACAUUUGAAUGUGUUAUACAAGCUGAACCAUCACCCACUGUUACUUGGGAACGCGAUGGUAUUCAUUUACAAGAUGACAAUCAACAUACGAUAACAAGACAAAAUAAUCUUCAUCGAUUAACAAUACGUGAUGUUCAAACAUUUAAUUCGGGAAAAUAUUUAUGUAAAGCAACAAAUUCGGGCGGUGAAGCAACAUCCGUGGCAAAUUUAAGAAUAUACGAAGAGACAACAAUGAUCAGUCAUGAACCCCGCUUAACUGAACCAUUGAAACCAACUUACAUAAUACGUGAAGUGAAAAUUUCAUGUCGUUUUGAUGCUUAUCCACGAGCCGAUAUUCAAUGGUUAAAAGAUGGUAUACCAAUUGAUUUUGCAUCCAUUGGAAUAUCAAGAGAUUUUACCGUUGUACGAGAAGUUGAUUAUUCGGCAUUGAUAAUAAAAGAAGGUUUUCCAGAAGAUACCGGCUCGUAUACAAUUGUUAUUCGUAAUUCACUUGGAGAAGCACGAUCAUAUACAAAACUAGUUGUCGAAGAAUAUUUUGCACGUACACCGGAUUCUGAUCUUUCUGAUACACCAAGUAAGCCAAUAUUUGUCCAACCAUUAAGAGAUAUUAUUGUUAGCGAAGGACAAAAGUUAAAACUUCACGCAGCAAUUAACGCACAACCAGAACCAGAGAUUAUCUGGUAUCAUAACGAUAUACCACUAAAAGAUUCAAGAGAUGUUACAUUAAAAUUUGAUGGACAAUUAUGUACAUUAUAUAAAGAUCGUUGUUCACUCGACGAUAUUGGUUCAUAUCGAAUAAAUGCUGUUAACUCAUCUGGACAAGCUGAAUCAUCGUGUAAAGUAACAAUUACAUCAGCACACGAUAGUUUUCGUGAAACUCGUUUAUUAUCUGCUCGUUCAUUACCCGUAUUUACAGAAUUAUUAAAAGAUCAAAUAUUUACAGAAGGUGAAAAAAUUAUCAUGUCCGUAAGAUUAACGGGACAACCAAAACCACAAGUCUUCUGGUAUAAAGAUAAUCAACCGUUACGAAAUACACAUGAUCAUAAAAUUCGAAAUCAAGACGAUAUUUACACACUAGAAAUACCGGAAUUAUUUUUAGAUGAUGCUGGUAUUUAUUCAGUUAAAGCAAUUAAUACUGAGGGAGAAGCAAAAAGUUUUGCAUCAUUAAAUAUUUUACCCACAUCGCAUCAUCAACAAUCACCAUUUCAAUCAUCAUCAACGAGAACAACAAACAUCGGUGUGCAACAAAUUGGUACUAGUGAACAACAAGGAACACCACCUGAGUUUCUCCAGCUAUUCACAGAUACAGAAACAAAAUUAAAUAGUAGCAUCACUUUUGAAGCAACUGUUAUUGGCAAUCCCAAACCAAAUGUUACAUGGUUAUUCAAUGGAUUGCCUAUCUAUACGACACGUUAUCAACAAAAAGUAAUCAAUAAUACUUACACAUUAACUGUUUAUGAUGUUCGACAAGAAGAUGCAGGAAGAUUUUCGUUAAUUGCCGAAAAUUCACUUGGAAAAGCGACUUGUACAGCUGAAUUAUUUAUUCGUAAUGUUAUCUGGAAGAGAAGUGAAGAACAACAAGACAUGUCACGAAAACGUCGUGCAACAGUUGAUCAAGAUUUUCUCACUGAACAACAUUUAAAAGAGCAUACAACAUUUUCUGAUAAUACACGACAAGGAAGAAUAUAUGAUGAUUUAUUGGCAGAUAGACAACAUACUCAGGUAUCAACUCGUGCUCUCGAAGAUUAUAGUGAAAUUGUACAUCAGUCAUUUAAUAAACGCUAUCGUCCACUUGGCUAUAUCGUGCGAUCUAUCGAAGAACAACAAAAUCAACAAAGAGCUCGAUCACUAUCACAAGGUGAAAGUCGACGAUCAUCAACAGCAACAACAAAAGACUAUCUUCAACGAUAUCCAUCAAUUGAACUAGUUAUACCCUAUGAUGUUUUAGAUAAACAACAAACAUACGAAAAUAAAAAACAUUAUCAUGAAACAGAGAGACAACAACAACACGGUCAAAAACGAAGUGCUACCACCUAUGAUUACUCAACGGCAACAAGUGAUCAACAUGAUUAUUCCGAUUCUGACCAAUACUUUCGUACAAUACAUGAAUUAGCCAAUGAGUAUGAGCAAUCAAAGAAAAAAAAAGCGAUGGGUAGUGGUGAUGGUUCAACAAAAACAAAAAAGACUUAUACAACCAUUAAUCGCGGUACAGGUAAAAAGACAACAGUCGAAGAGGAAGAAGAAUAUGAAAGUGUCGAAGAGACCUACCAGCUACCGCAAGCUGCUCCAAAAGUCGAUGAAACUAUGCAGCGUUCUACAUAUCGAAUGUCAUCAUCAAAACCGGCUGUUAUAACAGCCGAAACGGGCACAAUGACUGCCUCAAAUCAAAAUUAUCACCAAUUUCAACAACAAUUUCAGGAUAAUUUUAUUGUACAACCAACAGUUAGUCAACAUUAUUCCAAUGAACAACAGCAUCAACAACAACAACAACGUAUAUCUCAACAGCAAAUUCAGGAUAAUUUUAUUGUACAACCAACAGUUAGUCAGUAUUAUUCCAAUGAACAACAGCAUCAACAACAACAACAACAACGUAUAUCUCAUCAACAAUUUCAGGAUAAUUUUAUUGUACAACCAACAGUUAGUCAACAUUAUUCGAAUGAACAACAGCAUCAACAACAACAACAACAACAACGUAUAUCUCAACAACAAUUUCAGGAUAAUUUUAUUGUACAACCAACAAUUAGUCGACAUUAUUACAAUGAACAACAGCAACAACAACAUCAACGUAUAUCUCAACAAAGUCGUUCAUAUUCCGAAGAAGUCCUAUAUCGUCGUUUAAUACCCACUGCCCAUCAAUACGUAUCAACAUCGGCGACAACGAGCGAAGCCGGUUUUGCCACGACAAGUGAAGAUGAUUUUGAACAACGUGAACGACGACGUUUACAUCAAAGUCGAACAAAGGAACGUUUAAAGCCGAUACGUAUUGCCUCGACAAGCUCCAUACCAGGUGAAACAGAAGUGAAAUAUGUGCGCACUGAACCUCAAGCUGUCCAACUCAUUUUUCCCAAACCUGUUUUAAUAACAAACCAAGGUGAACAUUCGAGUACGAUCAUCAAGGAAGUACAACGACGUCGAUCUGAAUCAAGACAAUGUUUAGUACAGAGAACAACUGAAAUUGAAGGUGAACAUGAAACAAAAGUAAUUAAAGAACCUAUUACAGCUGGCCAGCCACGAACUGUUGAAUUCACUAUACCAAAGCCAUUACCAUCUGCCGAACAUUCGAGUACCGUGGUUGUUGAAUCAAAAAAAGGUGGCAAAUAUCAGGCACUCGAUAUUAGUUCUUCAAUGUAUCGUGAAAAUAUUGUCAUGCCAGGUGAACAUGAAUUACGUUAUGUCUCACAACCAGUCAGUUCGCAACAUAAACCGGUAGAAAUUUUAUUUCCUAAACCUCCCACUCAACCAGUGCAUUCAUCGACUGUUGUUAAACAUACAAAAACUCAACCAUCAGCCGUUUUCGUUGAUAAUAUGCAAACAGUAAUUAAAGGUGAACAUGAAUUAAAGUACAUCGAUCAUUUAGUUGGUAAAGGUGUUGCCGGCAGUGUUGAACUUGUCGUACCAAAAUCGAUAAUGGAUACUGGUGAACAUCAAUCAACAAUAGUCACAGAAACUCAUCCAAAACGUCAAGUAUUAGAAGUCACCGGUAGUGGCCGAACAAUGGAAGCAGAACAUGAUUUAAGAUAUGUUAGAGAUAGUGUACGGGUGGAAGAAGCUCUAGAAUUAUUGUUACCGAAACAGCACGUUGAACAAGCUGAACAUAGUGCAACGAUCGUUAGACAUAGUCGCGGUAGAGGUCCCAUUAUUGAAGUAACACCACGACAGCCUAUUUAUGGCGAGCAUGAAACAAAAAUAAUUGAAGAAGCAAUUGAAACGCGAGCGGAUGAAAUGCAAUUAUUAGUGGCCAAACCAGUGUCACAAGCUGAACACAGCACUACGGUUGUUAAAGAGCAACGAGGUAAACCACAAAUUUACUCUCUUGGUCCAUCGAAACCUUUACCAGGAGAACAUGAAAUGAAAAUUAUUGAUCAACCAGUAGAGGCUAUGGGCGAGUUACAAGUCGUCUUUCCUAAACAGCAGCCUGAAGCUGAACAUCAAUCGACAUUAAUUAAACAAGUACAAGCGAGAAAUAUCACUGUGGAUAAUCAAUAUCGUGAAAUACCUGGCGAACAUUUAUUGACCGUUAUUGAGUCAAAAUCAGAAAGGGCUGCUACAGAAAGCGAAGUCGAAUUCAUUGUACCGAAACCAGUCAGUGGAAUCACGCAUAUUGAGGAACAUUCAACAACCGUUGUCAAGUCGAUUGGUGGUGAUCGACAAUUUGGACGUAGUAGAAGAAUAAGUAGUAGCACUGGACGAUCGAGUGACUAUGGCGAAGAAUAUUUUGAUGAAAAUAUGGAUGUCAAAAGACGUUUGUACAUGCAAGAAACGGAGGAUGCUGGACAUACAAGUGCCGGUGAGCAUUCGACGACAUAUGUUCGACGUGCUCGAGCAAAAUUUGAACCAGUCGAUUUAGUUAUUGAUAGACCAAAAAUACAACCGAGCGUAUCGAAAGUGAUUGCUGAUAUUCAAGGACCGGCACAAGUAACGCACAUACGUCCAACACAAAUAAUUCAACAAGAAGACAGUUCAGUCAAGUUGACAAUGGAUUUAAGUAAACAAGAAGAACAAUACGAUGAGAUGGAAGUUAUAUUAGAGAAACCAAAAAUAAAGGAUAGUUCAAGUAAAGUUCUAGCCAAUAUACAAUCGGGACUCGAGUUAAAAUCAAUACGUUCGACGGGUGCCCUCGAUCAAUUACAAACGAUUGAAAGUAGUUCGUCGUUAACAAUGCAAGUGAAAAGAGAAGAAGAAGAAGAAGAAACUAUGGAAUUGAGAAUUGCUAAACCACGUAUUCAAGAUAGUUCAAGUGUAUUGAUAGCAAAUAUUCAACCCGAAUUGGGUGUCCAAGGUAGAUUAAUUGCAUCCAGUCUACAACAAGAAGAUUCAUCAACAGCAAUUGUCAUGGAUUUAGCCAGACAACAAGAACAUGCACCAUUUGAUUUAAUCAUACCGAAAUUCGAUGUUGAAAAAUCAUCGACUACUGUCGUCGCACAAGUUGCCCCAACACUAGCGGGUAUGAAAACGACAAUUAACGUACCACAACCAGAAAGUUCGUCUAGCCUCUUUCUGGAACAACGCUCAACCCCGGAUGAGCCUGUCGAUUUAAUUUUCCCCAAGCCUAAAAUUGAAAGUAGUUCAACAACUGUCGUCGCCGAUGUGUAUGCAAAAUUAGAAACAAAAUCGAUGCGAGCUACCGAAGUUAUACCCGAAACAAGCACGUCAACAUUUUAUUUCGAUAAAAACAUUCAAGAAGUACCUGAAGCUGUUGAAAUUCGCUUAAAACAGCCAGAAAUUCAAGAUAGUUCAACAACCGUUCUAGCACAUGUCAAAGCAACGUUAGAUACUAGACACGUUCAAAUGUUGGGCAAACAUGAAAAACAAGAAGAUAGCUCAACCACUUUUGUUCUUGAUACAUUGAAAAAUAAAGAUGAACAUGAACCGGUUGAGUUGAUAUUACCACGUCCACGAGUACAAGAGAGUACAUCGAUUGUAUUAGCCGACAUUAAACCAUCAUUAGAUACACAAUUAAUAAUAGCUCCUCAACCACUCGUUAAAAAAUCAACGAGUCAAUUGAUACUUGAAGAUACAACUGCUAGUGAACCAGAACCGGUUGAAUUAAUUCUAAAACGUCAGCAUAGUUCACAUACAGUUGUAACAAAAUUAGAUGAUGCACGAAAAAAAACAAAAGAAAUGUAUGUUUUAGGAACAGCUCCAGCAUUACAGCAAAGCGGUUAUGUGAGAGAAAGUUCAUCAACAUUAUAUGCCGAUUUAAAUAAACCUAUGCAACUAAUACUGGAUGUUGAUGAAAAUGAGGCAAAAAAAUCGCGUCAUAUGUCCUAUGACGAACGACGACAAUUUGAUGCAUCACGCGAAUAUAGCUCACGGAUGUUAGCCGAAAGUAGCAGCGGUGGUGGUUUAAUGACAACGGAUAAUAGUUCAACAUUUAUUACGGAAAUUGAGCCAAAAUAUUAUGAACCUGUAGAAUUUGUUGUUAGUGGUGGUGGUAGUGCGACAGAAAUCGAUCAAUACGGAGCGAGAGGAGAAAUGACAUCGUCAACAAAACGAACGACGACAACAUCUUAUGAUACAUCGGUUAUUGAUGGCCAAGAUCAUGCACCAUAUUUUGUCGUGUCAUUGCGUGAUUAUUCAGUUAAAGAAGGAGAGCCAAUAUUAUUCGAAGUUAUGAUUUCAGCUCAACCAUUAGCUGAGAUACUGUGGGAUAAAGAUGGUGAAUUGAUUGGUGAUGAGUCGUCGUUUCGUAUUGAUUAUUACGGUGAUGGUAGAGCAACACUGUACAUACCCGAAGCAUUUCUGGAUGAUGCUGGUAGUUAUUCAUGUACAGCUCGUAAUAUUUCUGGUACAGUAAGAUCGACAGCUCGUUUACAAGUUGAAUCGUCUGGCGAGCAAUCUCCAACAAGAAAUGUUGUGAAUGAAACAAGUUUCGAGUAUCAAACUAGUGUUCCCAGUUAUCAAACACUGUCAGCCUCUCAAUAUCAUAUCUAUUCACAACAGCCUGAGCCAACGACUGUUACGCGAGUGGAAGAAGAAACAAGUGUGAUAGAAAUAUUGCCAAAUCAGCCAAAUGUAACACAACGUUAUGAGCAAAAUCAAAUUGUCCGUAAUAUAACUGGCGAUCAACCACAAUAUCAACCAGUUACAUUUCAAAUUAAUCUUGACAAUCAACAACAACAGCAACAACAACAACAUUUCUAUGGACAAGCAUCAGCUGCGACACAUUAUGGGCAAAAUGAAUCGAAAGAAUUUAAAAGAACUGACACUGUAGGCGGUAGUCGCCAACCACAGAGAAUCGAACCAAAUCAAGAAAAUGUUGCACCACCCGAAAAUCCAUUUAUGGGUCCUGAUCCAUUUAAAAAAUUUGGUGCUAGAAGACAACAGCGACCAACUGCUGGAAUUAUACCACAACAAUCACCAUUUGAAGCACAACAAAAUUUAUAUGCGCCUAUGGGCACACAGUCUGGUCCCUCUUCUUAUGACCAACGACAACAAACCACUACUACUAGUCUCUCACAAAAAACGCCAAUGCCUGCACAGCAAUUACGUGAGCCAAUUCGUGCAUCAUCGAGUCAACAUCAGCAGUCAGCAUAUGACACUGCUUCUUCUGCUGAACAUCCUACAUCACCAUCUUAUACACCGAAAUUUACAACGGUACGUGAGCAAAUGUAA